UCUUGCCCCAAACUUGUAGUCGUUCGGGGUCGGGGUCCGUUUCCCAAAAGCUCAGAUGCCAUUCCAAGCUUUCUCAUCCUCCUCCUUCUUCUAUCUCUUCAACCCCCAACCCUGGCUCCACCAUUCUCCCCUAGAGGGCCCCACCACCCUCACCGUCUUCUUCUUAUCAUCAUCAUCGUCAUCGUCAACAUCACCCUUAUCGGAUCUUCAUUCCUUUUUCUUUAAGAGAAAUCAGAUGAUUGAUAUGCACUAUUCUAAUGCGUUCGUGGGAGUUCUUCCUAAAAUUUCUUUGCUUCCAAGUUGAUGAAGAUGAUUAUCCUUGGAGACACCACAACAAAGACAACAUUUUGGAAUGGUUACAUAAGUCUCUUACCAGAAAAUCAGUAUUAGCUCAAUGUAUUACUACUGCUAUGGUUGGUCCACGACAAUGGAUUGGCGGAAUUUUUGGCAUGAAGCGUUCUGCAAGUAACAAAUAUGUUGAUUUUAAGUACACUAAUGUUCAGGAAGCAAGAUAUCAAAAGCUUAGAGAACGUACAAAUGUACCUUUUGAUGAAACUCGCAUUGAGCAUCAGAAAGCCCUUGUAGAAUUGUGGAAUUUAGCAUAUCCAAAUGUUACACUUAGAGGGUUGAUCUCUGAUCAAUGGAAGGAAAUGGGGUGGCAAGGAGCUAAUCCAUCCACUGACUUUAGGGGUUGUGGUUUUCUUUCACUUGAGAAUUUGCUGUUCUUUGCAAAAACAUUUCCAGCUGCUUUUCGUAGGUUGCUAUUGAAACAACCUGGAAAAAGGGCAGAAUGGGAAUAUCCUUUUGCAAUUGCUGGCAUUAAUAUAUCUUUCAUGUUAACUCAGAUGUUGGAGUUGUAUUCAGUUAAGCCUAGGUGUCUUCACUGUGUCAAUUUUGUAAAAAUCUUGGGAGAGGACGAUGAAGCCUUUGAUGUUCUAUAUUGUAUUGCUUUUGCAAUGAUGGAUGCACAAUGGCUUGCGAUGCAUGCCUCAUACAUGGAGUUCAAUGAAGUUCUACAAAUUACACGAACACAAUUGGAGAGAGAACUUGCACUGGAAGACAUCCAUAGAAUACGAGAUCUGCCAGCCUUCAACCUUCUGCACCAUUAGUUUCUUAUUUCUUGAGUUACGAAUGAUUAAUGAUUGUAUAGUUAGAUUCGGGAUUCAUCUCAUUUUGAUUAAUGUUAUCUGGUUCAUUAGAUUAAAGAUUUUUACAUGUUAGAUUAAUAUUUUAAUUACUCUUUCUCUUCUCUUGGCAACAUUAAUACCAAAG